UAUGACCCUGUCCACCAAUGUGACUUUUGUACCUCUGUGCGUUGACUUUGACUCACCGGGUGACUACUUUCUUUUCAUUUUUCACAUCCUAGCGGGGAUCAGCACCGUGCUUGUUGCGGGCUCCGUGGUCUGCGGCAUAAUUUCCACUCGGGCUCUUUUAAUCCAGAAUCGCUUUAUAUUUAUGUUAAACACCAGCAUCUCUGACACACUGACUGGAUGUGGCAUUUUCUACCAGUUUCUGUUUGAUGUAAGGGAAGAUUAUCCUUCUAAAAACGGGAGUUACUAUAUUUUACCAUCUCUUCUCGGGGUUAACAUCAUUACGUUUUUGUUUGCUCAGUUUGACAGAUAUUUUGCAGUUUGCCAUCCAUUCUUUUAUGCUCGUUUUAUCUCCACAAAGGUUGUUAUCUGUGUGAGCGUCUAUACCUGGGUGCAUGUCUAUGGUCAGUUGGUCCUCGAGCGUCUGGUCCCACUGUCUAAAGCUAUGGAGAUUGCAGUGUACAGCAGAAUAAGCAUUUUUAUAAUUAUUAUACUCAAAGUUUCUAUGACUAUUAAACUCUUUGUUGUUGUCAGAUACCAGCUUCUCCGAGAGCCUCCAGGACCGGAGAAAGACAACAAGAAAGAGUCCCUGUUGAUCAUAAUAUUGGUAGUUGUGUUUUUCCUGCUCUUCUGGGGCCCGAGCUUAUUCUUCUCAAUUCUGUCAUCACUGAUAGGGAGACACAGGUUAUUUAGAAAUGAUGCAGUCAAUCCUCUAAAAAUCCUAUCAAGGACCAACGCUCUGUGCACUCCUUCACUAUACCUGUGGGCAAGCCCCUCACUCAGAGCAGCUGUGUGGAAAACUGUGUGGGGUAAAAUCUGCAAAAGACGGAAAAUGUUGUUUGGUAUCUUAGCUUAAAACCAUGCUAUCAGAAAAUUUAAUUCUGGUAUUGGAUGAAAUUUAUUGGUGCAAAAGAAUCCUUAUUUCCCCUUUUCACUUUAGGGUCUACUUGAAAAGUCACUGUGAUGCUUUUACUUUCAAACUGAUUGUAGUUACUUAUGUCAGAUACCUCCCUUUCAAAUCCAGCUCUGUUUUACUGGAACUGAAUCACACUUUUGCUAUAAAUGGCUUUUAAACAAAACUAAAUUAAUUUCAAAUGUUAGCAA